GCACUGCGGCGCGCCGGACGCGAGGCGGCCUCGGUCAUGCUGCGCCCUCUGAGCUACCUGGGCGCGCGGCCCCAGUGCGGGCCCCCGGCCCCGCUGCUGCUGCUCGUGCGCGGACGCAAGACCCGCCACGACCCGCCCGCCAAGUCCAAGAUCGGACGCGUGGCGACCCCGCCCGCGGUGGACCCUGCGGAGUUCUUCGUGGUGACGGAGCGUUACCGGCAGUACCGCCAGAUCGUGCGCGCCCUCAGGCUGCAGUUCGUGUCCGAGGUGCGGAGGAAGAUGCACGAGGCGCGGGCCGGGGUCCUGGCGGAGCGCAAGGCGCUGGAGGACGCCACUGAGCACCGCGAGCUGAUGGCCUGGAAUCGGGCAGAGAACCAGCGGCUGCACGAGCUGCGGAUAGCGAGGCUGCGGCAGGAGGCCCGGGAGCAGGAGCAGCUGCAGGCCGAGGAGCGGGCCCGUAAGGCCCGAGAGAGAGAGGCCUGGGUGCAGCUCAAGGAGCAGGAAGUGCUGCAGCUGCAGGAGGAUGCAAAAACCUUCAUCACCCGAGAGAACCUGGAUGCUCGGAUAGAAGCAGCGUUGGACUCCUCAAAGAGCUACAACUGGGCCAUCACCAAAGAGGGACAGGUGGUCAGGCCACAGCACAAGGACAACUAAGGGCCCAGUAAGGACAGUGCCUGCCACUGUGUGUGGAUACGGGUAUGACCUGGGAUAAAACAGAGGUGUUUCUUCUGAAGAAGGAAGCUCAACCUAUUCCAUUGUGGCCCUCUUGUUUUGGCCUCUGCAUCUACCACUUGACCAGUGCCCUUUUCUGCCCCAUGUACAACUGCCAGCACAGCACCAGGCCCUAAGGUUUCCAUCUUACAGAGGGGCAGACUGGACCAUAGGCGUGAGGUCAUCUCCUGAGUAUCAUCGAGGGUGGUCAGGGGUUGGCAAAUCUGGUCUACUACCUGUUUUUGUAAAUAAAGGUUUGUUUGAAUACAGCCA